GGAUUGGUACUUUUUGCACUAAUGAAAUGUUGAUAUUAACUCGUACUUCAAUUUAUUUGUGUGUAUUUUGUUUGGUGUUUUCAAUUUUGAUUUAGUUUUUGUGAUGUUCGUGUUUUGAUUUUGUUAACCCGGCACAGGCUAAGAACUCGUUCAGGAGCAUACACCGGAAAACAAACAUCCAUUCCUUCCUUCCUUUGAUUUUGUUCACAACUAAAAACAUUUUAUCUUCAAAUAUUUCUGAAGUGUCUAUCCACAUGGGAAAGCUUAAAUUAAUCGUAUUUGAUUUAGAUUAUACAUUGUGGCCAUUUUGGGUUGAUACUCAUAUAAGAAGUCCAAUAAAGAAAGAUAAAAAUAAUCACAUUGUAGAUGGAUCUGGUGAAAGGAUCAAGUAUUAUCCAGACGUUCCAGAUAUAUUAAAUAAAUUACAGAAUGAUGGUUAUGUUCUUGGAAUCGCUUCUAGAACUGAAUGGCCCGAAGGUGCAAAGAAGUUGCUGAAGUUAUUUGACUGGGAAAAGUAUUUUACUUAUAAAGAAAUCUAUCCUGGAAGGAAAACUACACAUUUCAAGAGAAUGCAAGAAGCAUCUGGAAUUAGUUAUUCUGAUAUGCUAUUUUUUGAUGAUGAACAAAGAAAUAUUUCUGAUCUAAGAGCAAUUGGUGUAACAAGCAUAUUGGUUCCAGAUGGUGUAAAUAAACAGAUAAUUGAAGAAGCUCUUCGAUCUUUUAAAAGUUUUUAAAUUAUAUAGAAUGUAUAAAUUUUGUAAAUAAUAAAUAUAGUUUUAAUUUUA